AUGGACGCGCGCGGGGGCGGCGGGCGGCCCGGGGAGAGCCCGGGCGCGACCCCCGCGCCGGGGCCGCCGCCGCCGCCCGCGCCCUCUCAAUCUCAGCCGCCGCCCCCGCCACCCCCCGCGCCGCCCCCGGGCCCCGCGCCCGCCCCCCCCCAGCAGCCGCCGCGGACCGAGGCGGCGCCCCCCGAAGCGGCAGAUGAGGGCGGCCCGCGCGCCCGGCUCCGGAGCCGCGACAGCUCUUGCGGGCGCCCCGGCACACCCGGCGCGGCGAGCGCGGCCAAGGGCAGCCCGAAUGGCGAGUGCGGGCGCGGCGAGCCGCAGUGCAGCCCCGCGGGCCCCGAGGGCCCGGCCCGGGGCCCCAAGGUGUCGUUCUCGUGCCGCGGGGCGGCCUCGGGGCCCGUGGCGGCCGCGGGGCCGGCGGAUGAGGCGGGCAGCGAGGAGGCGGGCCCGGCCGGGGAGCCGCGCGGCAGCCAGGCCAGCUUCAUGCAGCGCCAGUUCGGCGCGCUCCUGCAGCCCGGCGUCAACAAGUUCUCGCUGCGGAUGUUCGGCAGCCAGAAGGCGGUGGAGCGAGAGCAGGAGCGCGUGAAGUCGGCGGGGGCCUGGAUCAUCCACCCGUACAGCGACUUCAGGUUCUAUUGGGACUUCACCAUGCUGCUGUUCAUGGUGGGGAACCUCAUCAUCAUCCCGGUGGGCAUCACCUUCUUCAAGGACGAGACCACAGCCCCGUGGAUCGUAUUCAACGUGGUCUCGGACACCUUCUUCCUCAUGGACCUGGUGCUGAACUUCCGCACGGGCAUCGUGAUUGAGGACAACACGGAGAUCAUCCUGGACCCGGAGAAGAUCAAGAAGAAAUACUUGCGCACGUGGUUCGUGGUGGACUUUGUGUCGUCCAUACCGGUGGACUACAUCUUCCUCAUCGUGGAGAAAGGCAUUGACUCUGAGGUCUACAAGACGGCGCGCGCCCUGCGCAUCGUGCGCUUCACCAAGAUCCUCAGCCUCCUGCGGCUGCUGCGCCUGUCCAGGCUCAUCCGCUACAUCCACCAGUGGGAGGAGAUCUUCCACAUGACCUAUGACCUGGCAAGCGCAGUAAUGCGCAUCUGCAACCUCAUCAGCAUGAUGCUGCUGCUGUGCCACUGGGAUGGCUGCCUGCAGUUCCUGGUGCCCAUGCUGCAGGACUUCCCCAGUGACUGCUGGGUGUCCAUCAACAACAUGGUGAACCACUCGUGGAGCGAGCUGUACUCCUUUGCACUCUUCAAGGCCAUGAGCCACAUGCUGUGCAUCGGGUAUGGGCGGCAGGCGCCCGAGAGCAUGACUGACAUCUGGCUCACCAUGCUCAGCAUGAUCGUGGGCGCCACCUGCUACGCCAUGUUCAUCGGCCAUGCCACGGCACUCAUCCAGUCGCUGGAUUCCUCGCGGCGCCAGUACCAGGAGAAGUACAAGCAAGUGGAGCAGUACAUGUCCUUCCACAAGCUGCCCGCCGACUUCCGCCAGAAGAUCCACGACUACUACGAGCACCGCUACCAGGGCAAAAUGUUCGACGAGGACAGCAUCCUGGGCGAGCUGAACGCGCCCCUGCGGGAGGAAAUUGUCAACUUCAACUGCCGGAAGCUGGUGGCCUCUAUGCCACUGUUUGCCAAUGCUGAUCCCAACUUCGUCACGGCCAUGCUGACCAAACUCAAGUUUGAGGUCUUCCAGCCGGGUGACUACAUCAUCCGAGAGGGUACCAUUGGCAAGAAGAUGUACUUCAUCCAGCACGGGGUGGUCAGCGUGCUCACCAAGGGCAACAAGGAGAUGAAGCUGUCGGAUGGCUCCUACUUCGGAGAGAUCUGCCUGCUCACGCGGGGCCGACGCACGGCCAGCGUGCGUGCUGACACCUACUGCCGACUCUACUCGCUGAGCGUAGACAACUUUAAUGAGGUGCUGGAGGAAUACCCCAUGAUGCGGCGCGCCUUCGAGACCGUGGCCAUCGACCGCCUGGAUCGCAUCGGCAAGAAGAACUCCAUCCUAUUGCACAAGGUGCAGCACGACCUCAGCUCGGGCGUGUUCAACAACCAGGAAAACGCCAUCAUCCAGGAGAUUGUCAAGUACGACCGCGAGAUGGUGCAGCAGGCGGAGUUGGGCCAGCGCGUGGGCCUCUUCCCGCCGCCGCCGCCGCCGCAGGUCACCUCGGCCAUCGCUACCCUGCAGCAGGCAGUGGCCAUGAGCUUCUGUCCGCAGGUGGCGCGCCCGCUGGUGGGGCCGCUGGCGCUGGGGUCACCGCGCCUGCUACGCCGCGCGCCCCCGGGGCCCACGCCCAACAUGCCCUCGCCGGGGCCCGCGCCCUCCGCCAGCCCUCCAGGCGCGCCUGCCAGCCCCCGGGCACCGCGGACCUCGCCCUACGGCGGCGCCCCCAGCUCGCCGGCGGGGGGCGACCCGGGGGGCCCCGCGCUCCCCGCACGGCGCCUGAGCCGUGCCUCGCGCCCGCUGUCAGCCUCGCAGCCGUCGCUGCCCCACGGAGCGCCCGGGCCCGGGCCCGGGCCCACGGCCUCGGCACGCCCGGCCAGCAGCUCCACCCCGCGGCUGGGGCCCGCGCCUGCCGCCCGGGUCGCUGCGCCCAGCCCGGACCGCAGGGACUCGGCCUCGCCCGGCGCCACCGCGGGAGGCCUCGACCCGCUGGACUCCGCGCGCUCGCGCCUCUCGUCCAACUUGUGA